CGCACAACGUAAAUGAGAGUGAGAAAAUUGAGAUAAGAAAUUGAAUAAAUAAUAAAAAAGGAAAGAAAAUAUUAUUAAAAUAAAGAUUAGAAGAAUUUUUCAUUUUGACAAGUUAACAAGUUAAAUGAAGGUGUACAAAAAAUAUUUCAAAAAAAUUCGUAUUAAAAAUCAAAAUAAUUUAAUUAAAUAAAAUUAUACCUACCUAUUCAAAAUUAAAUUAAACAAGUGUUGUAGUAAAAAUUAUUUUUUUAUGAUUUUAUUUUGAGUGUUAGUGAAUUAAAGAAUAUUAAAAUAGAAAUAUUUUACCCACAAAAAACCAAAAAAUAAGAAAAAAAGUUGCAAUAAAAAUGGUAUUACGUUCGGGCAUUAUUUUACCAUUUCAAUUUCGAGACACCAAAAAAUUAUUAAUGAUUGGAGUGCCUGAAGAGAAUCGCGAUUUAAGCAUUUGGGACUUGAAAAAUGUCGUACGUGCUGCUUUUGGUAUUUACAAUUUUGAGUUUCGCAACAAAAAGAUUGGUUUCAAUAUACCCGAUGAACUACUGUUGCAGUAUUUAGCACAGCGUCACGAUUUAACUAAUUUCGUUAUAGAAAUUGGACAGGUUUUUGAUCCUUGUAAAGACAACUAUCACGCUUUAAUAUCAAAUUGUUUUUCCUGCCGCUGCGGUUCUACCCAAAAGCAAGCUCUAGAUUUACACGAACCAUCAAAAACUACAGCAACAAACACUGCCAACAAUGGUCAACCACAGUCACAGCAACAACAACAGCAACUGCAUAAACUUCACCAACAACAACUACAACAAUACCCACAACAAUCGAGCAGUGCUUCCAAUUCACAACAUUCACAAAACAAUGAUGAUCCACCACCAUUAAAAAUACGCAUUACCAAUGUAAAUACACUGCCGCCUUCGAGUACAAUGUCAGUAGACAACACCACUGAAACAGAACAAAUUGAAAUUGAACCCAAAAUAGAUUACGAUGAAGUAUCAUCACCGCCUCCAGUAACUCACUCUGCACUAGCACAACAACAGCAAUUCGAACAAGAGCAUCAACAGCAACAACUGCAUCAUCAGCAGCAGCAACAACAACACCAGCAACACCAUCAGUCUGCUCUGCACGAAUCACAAACUGCCCAAGCCACAACGACGGCCUUAUCAUUAAGUUCAUCAACGUCUGCUUUGAAUUUGCACAAUAAUCCUGAUACCGAUGAGGAAACUUCGUACAUGGAAAGAGAAUUACAAGAACAAGAAUUGCAUUUAGAACGUAUGCAUGAGUAUUUUAUGCAACAACAGCAACAGCAUUUACAACAACAACAGCAGCAGCAUCAACAACAUCAGCCACAUAUAGAUGCUCUAAUGCAAGAGUCAUCCUCCUCAAAUAGCUUAAGACAACGCAUGUCAAAAAAGCAAAAAGAAGUUUAUGUGAACUUUUUGGAACAGCAUCCUGUUAUAAACGAACAUAGACGUAAUGAUCCAGCUUUAAAUCGUUAUUGGAUUAAAUUAGCUGACAUAUUGAAUUCCGUACCUCAGGGAGCUGUUAAACACGUAGCUGAAUGGAAGCAAACUUUUGAUAAUUGGCGUUAUCGAGUCUUUCUCUAUGCUCGCUACAAUUCAAAAAUAUCCGGGGAGGAGGCUCUCAAUCCCAAGUGUUUUAAGCCCUUAACACUGACCGACAAGCGAGCCUACAAUAUAUGGAUACGUAAUCCAGAUACAGCACCGCCCGAUUUAGAACAAAUGCGCAAUGUUUUCAUGAAUCUGGAAGAAGCUCAACCUGAAUGAAUCGCUUUAAAAUUAAUAAAAACAAAACUAUCGUGCUAUAUAUUAUAUAAUUGAACGCCAUUUUUUCUUGUGCUAAUAUCACUAUAAUUAUUAUAAAAUUACUAUAUAUACUAUUACUACUAUAGUUGUUGUCUGUUUAGUCAUGUAGUUAAUAUAUUUUGUGUGUUAUUUUAUUAUAUUUAUAAUUUGUUUUAAAUAAUGUAUAAUGCUCAAUAGUUGUUAAGAUGCUUUUUUGUUUUAUAUACAUAUAUUUAUAAAGUUGAACAAAAAAACAAACAUUUAUGUUUAAUAAUCUGUACAUAUGAAUUAUUUUAUUUGUUUUUGUAAAUAAAUGGAAAUUA